AUGUCAUCUCAUAAACAUCUUGACAGAACCGCAGGCAGCGAGUACAGCGAUUAUAGCCCUACUCACAUCUGCAACCCACGAUGCCAAACCAAAGUAUUCUCUUUUGGAAAUACACCAUCUUAUAUCCAAGUCGGGAUGUUCAGAUCUCCUCGUACGUUUUCUGAUCUAACACCUUAUAUUGAUCUGCUGAAUUCGAUUUCACUGCUUCUAUUGUGCAAUGACCCAGCUGCGGGGGACUUGUUACCCCUGAUCGGAGAAUGCUGCUCCGCGAAAGAGGUUGUUAUCGCCAUUCAGGAAGCAGUUGAGAGGCUGGAGGUAUCACUCAACGCUGACAAUGAUGGAUUUGAAGAAGUAGAGCAAAAAGUACCUCAACAGGCAGCCUCCUCGCCUGUAGUUCGCCUUUCUAUUCUCACUGGGCUAUACGCUGCUUCGAUCCCAAGGCUGAAGUUGCGAAAGAAAACAGCUCCGGACACUCUUCGACCUUUACUUACUGAGCUAGAAACCGUGAAUCUUAUGGCUGGGUCCACGGCGUCCACUGAAAAAGGCCGAGCACUUAUUUCUGCGAUGGCGUCAUUGGUUAAAAGGGCUGCUCAGUGGGUCAAGGGCAUUCUGGAUGCCAAAGAGGAAGACGCGUUAGGAUUCACUGAUGCGUACACCUUUCUUGGGUGCACAUUCAAAGAACUCACAUCAGCACCAACGACGGUGGCUCUGGUUGUCAUAGCAUAUCAUCAAACCGGUUUUCCAGACUCAAAUAACAACCUUGCGCCCACCCUCCCCAUUCUUAUCUCCUCUAUCCAAAUCAACUCCGCCCUCGACGAAUGCUUAUCGAUUCUGCUCAAGUUCCUUCAAUGCAUACGAGCGUCAUCUGUAUCUCCACCACCCACUUUCUCUCCAGAAAUUGUAACCCCUCUAUCUUUCACGCUCGUCCAAACACAACCCUCUCUCCUCCCACCACCACCAACCUCUACUCCCACCACCACCAUCGUCCCCGCUCCUCGUAAACGCGCGCCCGCUACCCACCCACGCCACGUCACCACGGUCACCUGUGGCCACCACCGCCCACAAACGUCGUCGACCGCCAACAACAACCACGUCAACAACAACGCGGCAACGCCACGUCAGCAAGCAAAUGAGCCCCGGCGAGGUCGAGGCGAUGAAAACGGACCGCGAGGGACGACCACGUCAACACACGACCACCAUGACCACGCCCACGGACCACGACACGCCCCACGACGUCAACGGACGGCCACGUCAACAGACGCCAACGCCAACAACGACACGAACACGCAAACGGACGCCCACGUCAACGCACCACCACCACGUCGACAGACGAUGACCACGCCAGCGGACGCCCACGUCAACGCACCACCACCACGUCGACGGACGAUGACCACGCCAACGGACACCCACAUCAACGCACGACGACGGCCCCCGCCGAUGGGAAACCAAGGUGCCACGUCGCUGUCAGCGACGUGGCAACCAAACGACGAACGACGACGACGAUGUCGUCGUUCUCGUCGUCGUUCGUCGUUCACACAAAGAUACUCUGAUCAGAGCAUGUGGGGGAGGGACUCCAGUGGAUUCCACUGGAUUCCGGUCCCAUUCCUGUGGAUUCCGCCGGAGUCCGGUCCCAUUCCACCGGAAUCCGCAGGAAUGACCGGAGUCCGACAGGAAUAG